AUGUUAUAUCUUCAUUAUCUCCAUUGAUUGCUCAAAUUCCUCAAUAUAUAGAUCAGGAACCUCCUGAUGAAUAUUAUAAUAAAACAGUACAAGUAUUUGCAUAUGAAGGUGUAUUAGAAGUU